AUGGCCAAAGUCACCCCUGGCGCGCACAUCGACGUGGAAGAUGGGGCUGGUUUGCCAGCAGCCGUGUCACCGCCCCUGCCAACCACCAAAGCAGUCAUGAAGGUCGUUUGCAAGAAGAACUUGUACCUGGCGCUGAAGCGUGGGCGUUUCAUCGCAGGCCCAUUCCAAAUGCUCAUACAACUUGGCUUCACGGUUAUGAUGUACUACAUCUUCAUGGGCAUAGUUGACAACACAGAAAUUGAGAACGGCGCCACCUUGGGGCGGUUCCUGAUGGCAUCCUUCCUGCCACUGAACACAGUCUUGGGCAUUGCAUUUUCGGUGAACCCUGCUGUUUAUGAUAUUGUCGGUGAGAAAGACCAGAAGAUGAAGAUUUUGCAGAACAUCUAUGGUUUGUCAGAGAACAUGUACUGGCUCACCUGGUACGCCUUCUACAUGGUCAUCGCUGUUAUGAGCUUGUGCCUCAUCUACAUUUGCUGGCUGGCAGUAAUCCCCGUGCUGGAGACAGUCAACUUCCUGAUCUCCUUCAUCAUCCUGUCGACUGGCUUCGUGCAAUCUAUGGCCCUGAUCUUUUGUCUCAGCAUCUUCAUCGACAGCCCGAGGAUUGCAGACUUUGUCAUGGCAAUAACAACCAUGCUCCUCGUGUGCGGCAGCUCCGCUCUGCAGUUUCUGCUUCGCGAGCGAGCUUGGCUCGGCUGGCUGACUAGCUGCAUUCCAUUCUGCAAUGUGUUCCAAUCCAUGACCUCCAUGCUCUGGCUCAGUGCCGCCCGGAGCUGUGACGAGUCGGGCGCAUGCAGCUAUGUGGGUGUCAACUUCGACACGCUCUCGGUCACGGACAUUUGUAUGCUGGACUAUCAUCCGAUUCACUUUCCCUGCCUGGAGGUUUCCAAAGCCACGAUAUUCCCACUUGGUUGGGCCAUGCUUCUGACGGUGGCUACCACCGUCUUGACGGUCAUCUUUGUGUGGUGGCUGAGUAACGUGAGACAGGGGCAGUACGGCAUGGCAAAGCCUAUGUGCUUCUGCUUCAACCCGAAGUACAUGUGCCCGAAGCGACCUUACGCGAGUGAUGGAAGUCUUCGAGACACAGCAUCCGGAAAUGCAGUGCUGUCGAUACAACACUUGCGCAAGGUGUUUCCGGAUGGCAAGGUGGCAGUGGACGACCUUUGCUUGGAUUCAUACGCCGGAGAGAUCUUCGCACUUCUCGGCCACAAUGGUGCUGGCAAAACAACCGCAUUGAACUGUGCGGUAGGCCUGAUACCUCCAACAUCUGGCGAAACACUCAUCAACGGCCACGAUGUCCGAACUGAUCUGCAGCGAGCACGCCACCAGAUUUCUAUAUGCCCGCAAGACAACCCAAGCUACCCAGAGUUCAGUGUGCGACAACAUCUCAAGUUCUUCAGCAUGCUUCGAGGCGUUCCUGAAGCCAACGUCGAUGACCAGAUAGGCACGAUUCUGAACGCCUUGGGCUUGGACGAAAAGAAGGACAGCCAGUGUGGGAAGCUCUCUGGAGGACAGAAGCGGAGGCUUUGGGUUGCCACAGCACUGAUCGGUGCUUCCCCAGUCUCGUUCCUGGACGAACCAACAAGCGGCAUGGACCCCUCCUCGCGGAGAGAGUUGUGGGACUUGCUGCUUCGCAUGAGGAACACAGGCCGCUGCAUCAUCUUCACGACCCACUACUUGGAGGAGGCAGACAUCCUAGCAAAUCGCAAGGCCGUGCUGGCACGUGGGAAAGUCCAAGCCGUGGGCACUUCACGCGAGUUGAAGCACAGAUUCGGGGUCGGCUACCGCCUCACGCUGGCGCUGAGCCCUCACGAAAGCGCCUCAGCCGCCGAGAUCGAGCACUUCGUCCAGGAGUACGUGCCAUCUGCAUCCCUGGAGAAGGGAGCUGACGAGGAGGUGCGGCAGGUGAACAUAACCUUGAGCUUCGAAGAGGUCGACAAGUUUUCACCACUCCUCCAAGCACUGGAGCAAUCUCAGCAGCGGCUCGGGAUCUUGGAUUACACACUGGGCAUGUCCUCCCUGGAGGAUGUCUUUAUGGCUUUAGGCCGUCAGGCAGAAGAAGCGAAGCGGGAAGAAGGGGACAAAACGCCCGUCAACGUGGACUUUCAGGAGGUUGAGGCAGAAUCCCCUGUGACACAGCCUCGAGCCGAAUGCUCUGAGUGGCGGAGCAUCAAAGCGAUGCUGACUUUGCGCUUGUGCGCGAUGAAGUUGAAUCGGUUUCGGGCCUCGAUGGUGGUUAUUGUGCCGAUCUUGCUCCAAGUGGGAGGGCUGAGCCUUUCGGGCUUGGGUGCCACAUCCGACAAUGGUGGCACCAAUGGCUAUGCCAUCGCAGUGUACCCCGCCAUGGCCUACGGUGUGGCACUGAUCAAUUCAGCGUCGGAUGUUGUCGCAGAUUCCAAGAACAAAUGCAAGUAUGUCUCCAUUUCUCAGGGCCUCACUCCUCGAGCAUACUGGCUGGGCAGCUUUAUGGCACAUGCCGGACUUUUGCUUCCCCUUUCGGUGUCAUUCAUGGUUCUCUUCUUUGCAAUGCGACCGGCUUCCAUACCCGUUCAGAGUGCUCCUACCGCGGUACUUGCAAUGUUCCUCUACCCCAUUCCCACGACGCUUGCCAUCUACAACUUGGCAGCGGCUUUCUCUACUGCCGAGUCGGUGUCGAAGAUCGUGCCCGUGGCGCUGAUGGCCACAAUUUUACUGCCAGGCAUUGCAGUUUGGACCCUGACGGCCUCUUUUGUUCCAGAGAGUUUGAAGACUGUAGCCCUGGUUUGGCACAUCGUGAACUCCAUUCUGAACCCGUGCUACUGCCUUCCUGGUGUGAUGUCCUACCUUGUCAAUGUGGAUGGGCCAAAGAAUCUGCCCGCGGGGGAGUACUUCGCAACUUUGACAGCCCUUCCCCUGUACGUGUUGCCCGUGACUUCGCUGCUGUUCCUGGCCAACCUCAUUCGCUUGGAUACCAAAAGCUACAGCAACAAGCCUGCAAAGCCGUCUGGGGAAGCGGGGAACACGGAGGACGAGGAUGUGCGUGCCGAAGAGGAACGCUGUCGGGCGGUGGCUGCUGCCGCAGAUGCGGCCAGGUAUGAGGAGCUGAACCAUACUUAUCAGGUGGCAGACACUGGCUCCCGUCCAGCCGCUUGCGCCAAUCUAACACGCGAGUACAAGUAUGUGAAUGCUGUGCGAAACAUCAGCCUGGGAAUUCAGAAAGGGGAAUGCUUCAGUUUGCUUGGGCCGAACGGUGCGGGGAAGACGACCACCCUCGGAAUUCUGACGGGAGAAAUCAGGAAUCCCAGCGCCGGGAAAGUGAGCAUCUUCGGACACAACAUGGCGCAUCAGAAGGAGAGAGUUUCGGCCUUCGAUCUGCUGGGCAUCUGUCCUCAGGUGGAUCCUUUGUGGGAUGAUAUUUCUGGCAACGAUCAUCUUAUGUAUUACGGCCGUGUGAAAGGCGUGCCAGAGGUGGAACUGAAGGACACCGUACACCGGAUCCUCCAGCGGCUUGGCCUCCUGCCCGAAGAUGCAAAGAAGGCUGUGAGCAGAUACAGUGGUGGGAUGAAGCGGAAGCUCAGUGUCGCCAUUGCUCUCAUCGGCCACUCCCAGAUGUUGUUCUUGGAUGAGCCCACGGCAGCGGUGGAUGCGGGUGCGAAGCGCCACCUCUGGAAGGUGAUCAACAAGCGUGCACCUGAUCAGACUGUGGUCCUUACGACACAUUCCAUGGAGGAGGCCGAGGCGCUGAGCAGCCGCAUGGCCAUCCAGGUUCGGGGAAGCCUGCGCUGCCUGGGCACCACAAUGCACAUCAAACAGAAGUAUGGCACCGGCUACCAGCUCGAGCUCUUUCUGUCACAAGGUGCCAGCGUGGGAGAUGGCUUCGCAACAAAGCAGGAAGAGCUGGGGGCUUUCGUGCAGCAGAAGAUUUCUGCAGAUUCUUCCCUUCUGGAGGGGCACGCAGGGAGAUUCUUGUAUCAGCUUCCGCCUCGUGGUGAGUCAUUACAGCUGGGCCGUGUCUUCCAGGCAUUGGAAGCGGAAAAGGGCCGCUUGGGCAUCACGGACUACAGCCUCUCCCAACCCUCCUUGGAGCAGGUCUUCCUCCGAUUCGCGAAGGAGCAGUUUGAUGCACAGAAAGCAGAGGGCGCCGAAUGA